AUGACGACCAAAGCCAAAGAAAAAUGGCGCCCUAAGAACUGCCAGUCGAAAUACGCUACCUACUACGACAUAGCUUCACCAAGACUAGAGAAGCCGACUGUUGUCUCACCCGUUGUGGAGUCAGAGAUUGUUACAGAGGAACUGCCCACAGACAAACAAUGGUGCUCUGGGUGUUUGAGCACGGCCGUAGACCCAAUGGAGUUCCCCUGUGGGCAUCACUUUUGUCGAAGCUGUAUAGCCCAUUCUCGGGCCUAUCUAAUCCAAGAGUACAAGGAGCAAGUUAAAGACACCAGAACAGUCUUGAAAUGCCCAGUUCCUGAAUGCUACUCAACUUUGCUGUGUUUUUCUAUCAUCAACGGGGAUAUUCGAUUCUGGAAGCAACACCCAAGAUACACAGUGUUGACGAAAUCCCUCUAA